AAGCCAUUCUCUUGGGACCAUUCACAAGCAAGAGACACCAACGCCGUGACAUAUGCCAGUGCCACCGCCACCUCCACCUCCUCCUCUGCCUCCACCUCCCCCGCCUCUGGGAGCUCCUCCCCCUCCCCCGCCAUCAGCACCCCCGGCGAGUACAGAAGCUUCCAGCUUGAGAAAGGCCGAUCCCAAAGGUCGAAGUGCACUGUUGGCUGAUAUCCAGCAAGGAACUCGCCUUCGGAAAGUCACGCAGAUCAAUGACCGCAGUGCCCCGCAAAUCGAGAGUUCUAAAGGAGCCAACAAAGAAGGAGGAGGUUCUGCAAACUCUCGAGGAGGGAGCACGCCCCCAGCCCUGGGAGAUCUGUUUGCUGGCGGCUUCCCUGUGUUGCGACCGGCAGGCCAGCGGGAUGCAGCAGGUACCAGUGGGGGAAAGCUGAACCCACCCCCAGCGCCCCCUGCGCGAUCCCCCACCACGGAGCUCUCCAGCAGGAGCCAGCAGGCCCCAGGCUGGACCCCGACACCACAGCCGGGAGGUCAGCUGCGGAACGGAGGCCUGCACAUGCACAUCAUUGAUGACUUCGAGUCUAAAUUCACGUUCCAUUCUGUGGAAGACUUUCCUCCUCCGGAUGAGUACAAGCCCUGCCAGAAGAUUUACCCCAGCAAGAUCCCCCGAAAAGCAGGACAGAGGGUCUUGUACCAAAUGCAGCAGGAGAAUCGACUUCAGGACCACCGUUCGGAACACCUGACCCAGGAGAAGUCCUCACAGGAACGUCAGGGAAUGCCGUACACCUGGUCCCUGGCUCCACACUGAGGCUGCUGGGCAGAGCUCCGAUGACAUCAAAGGCAGAAACUCUCAGUUAACUCUGAAGACGCUCCGGUGAGAAGAUGGAGGAAGCCCACGUCCUGCGAGCCCCUGGGGCUCCCCACUGCGGACAGACAUCCCAGGAGGCCAUGUCUGACCUCACCGCACUCCAGUUGCAAUGCAGUUGACAUACAGGCUCUGCAUGGAGCAUUUAUUUAUUGUAAAUACGUGGUUUGCACAGGCUUUAAAUCGGUGUCAUAGUCGACUUUUAUUUUGUAAAAAAGCCACCCUCACCGUUUCUCCAUUUUUUCAAAAUGCAUCUUGGCCUUCACCUGCCGGUGCAGAUGGAGCCCUGCCCCACCCCACAGCGUCCGUCCCGUGACUGUAAAGACCGUGCAGGCUGGCCCUUCCUGCACACGGACCCGUGUUUAGAAGAUUCCUUGGUUUGCCAGGUGCCCCACAGUCACAGUAUCCACGGUGACUUCUGAUUGGCAUGAUUUUAUGUUCUCAGCACGCAAACUGCAGAAUCAAACCAAACAAUGCCUUAUACGUGACACAGCUCAGAGACCCGAGUGUCCCCUCUCCCAGACGACGCACUCGGCCUCCAGCGGACGGGACGCCAUGUCCCGCUUCCGUCUUGCAGUACAGGGAUUCUUUUUUUUUCCUGCCUAAUGUAAAUAUAACACAAAGCCCAGGCAGGCGUGGGCUCGGCCCCUUUUGUAAAUGAAUGACCCUACGAGUAGCCAAUGCUCUGUUUACAGUGCCCCUCGUGCCCAAGUCCCCAAGACGUCGUUCCUGUCCCCUCCAAGCCCCUUCCUGGCAGCCAGGCCGACGUGGGGUGAGCUUUAGGAGAUUGGGGUAUUUUCCUUGCAAGUUAGAAACCUGCAUCACACUCAUCUUUAGAGUAAAUUACUAAUCCUA